ACCCAGACAUGGCAGAUACGGAUAUAGAGAACCUGCCUAACGGCACCGGCCUCUCCGAAGAGGACGAGCGGCUCAAACAACGGCCGGCAGACAUUGAUGCUGAUGUCCGCGAAAUGGAGCGUCGCAAGCGCGUGGAAGCUCUCAUGUCGUCCAAGCUGUUCCGCGAGGAGUUGGAGCGAGUUCUGGACCAGCAGAUCCACGAAGGCAGCGACGCGCCUCUGCUGCAACGCAUCAAGGAGAUGGUCGGUGGACGUCUUCACACCGGGAGUUUAAGAGGCCCAACGUGCGUGCUUCCAAUAAACGAUAUUCGUGGUAUCGAAGGUGUGGGGUACGAGAAGGGAGAGAAGAUCCUCAGAUGCAAGCUCGCUGCCGUCUAUCGGCUGGUGGACCUCUUCGGCUGGACUCAGACCGGUGCAAACGGUCAAAUAACGGCUCGUCUCAACACAGCCGUAGAGCAAGUCCUGACAACACCUCGAGGCCUGUUGCCUCAUGAGGUCACCGCCUCGUCCCUCGUCAAGGUGGACAUGCAGGGUGUCGUGCAAGACCAGGGGACUACCAAUUUUCCUAUCAAUGUUGAAGGCUUCUCCCUGCACGCGGCCGUGCAUUCGUCACGGCCCGACGUGCGCUGCGUGCUGCACGUGCGCUCGGCCGCGGCGCUGGCCGUGUCCGCCACCAAGCGCGGCCUGCUGCCCCUCUGCCAGGAGGCGGCCUUGCUCGGCCUCAUCGCCUACCAUCGCGUGCCUUCGG